CUACGCCGGGGCUACAAGAAUGACUUCCCCUGCCACGGUCCCGUGUCUGUCAAAACCGGGAGGUUCCCGACUCCGGUGGCUCGGGUACGUUGAACGCAAGGCGUCUCUUUUUGAGCUUACGUAGCCGCGCAGCGAGAUCUCCCGUUUGGUUCGCGCAGAGGCAGAAGCAGAACUGAACAACUGGUCGCGUCGGAGGUUCAGUACCAGAGCAUGUAUUUGUCGUGAACGUCUGUCGGUGCUUUGUGCAUGGCGCUUCCUGGCGUGUUUGCCGGAGCAGGUGAGCAGAGCUGUACGGUGUGGCAGUGCUCGUGAUUGUCCUUCCCCGUUUGUACAGAAGAUGUGGUAAAGGUCGUCCGUCUCGUCGUGAAUCAGUUGACUUCGUGAGGGAACAACAACUAAUUCUGAAGCUGCCGUAGUGGCCUGGGUGCCGUAUAGCAGGCAUCGGUAGAGCAUCCGUUACUGGGGACACUCGAGCUCGAUCGGCUUCUUGCGCUUCCCAACGAUCACUCAGCUACCGUUGAUUCGAGCUUAGCGUGGACAGCGAUGGGGACAAGCCAACUAUGGCUGCCAUUUGCUUUUGGGCGUGUUCCGCAAGACUGUCGUUUGUGAGCGGCAUCAAUGGUGUCUCUAGUGACAGCAUGUCGGUCUGGGGUAACCUUUCGCGGUCUCCGGUCUCUUGCUCCUUCGCUGGUUUUCGAAUCAAGCCUCAUCUGGUUGCCCUGUUGGACAUGGAUCAAUGCUGCUUCAUCUCGGCCAAAUGUGGUUCCGAGUCCCUUUGUGGGGGGCAGUCUGUGCGGCCCUGUGUUUCUUCCCCACCAAAGACUCACGUUGCCCCGAACAAUCUGCGAGGUACAACUUGAAAACUGCGCGCAGGUUGUUGCUGAUUGUGAAUCUUGCGAAUCUACUGUCGGUGUCAGGAAGCAAUAUACUCUUGGGUGUUUUUGCCGCUGACGUGUCCAGUGGUCAGACGUCGGAAGAAGACGAUGGCGUACUCACGGGAGUCCCCCCGGUCACCCUUGAGCAAGGCGCGCCGUUGCUUCCCCAACAAACGGAGGGGCCUGUUGCCCCGGAGGGACCAUCGGCACGGUCGCCACCAUCAGCAGAGGUCAAAGAUAGUUCCGCUUCCUCUGGAUCACCUUCUCCCCCAGGUGCUGAAGUGUCACCACAAGGAACCGGCCGUCCCACAAGUGAAGCCCAGCCCGUGGAGUCGGCAAGGUCUUCUGAUUCUGAAGGAGGGGACACGGAAGUUGCUCAUUUCACUCAACCAAAGCUGCGUUCUUGCACUCUAAGCCUGGAUAAAUUAAGACGGAUGGUAGAGAAUCUUCGAGAGCUACAGGCACGAUGGCCCAGCCAAGAUGAGGACACGCAUGUCGCUCAUGCCAUUGAGCAACGCAAACAACAGCAUGGAAUUCAGAACCCUACUCCCCAGACCGUCGCCUAUUGGGUAAGAGUAGCCAAAAACUGUUUUCGGCGACGGGCGCAUUUGCAUCAAGCUAGAAUACAACAACUACGAGCCCAGCUUGAAGCCGAACGGCAAAAACUCUUGGAUAUUGUAAACCUUCCGGUCCAGACGACGGACUCUCCCGCUGAGGCGUCAGGUGAGGGCCCUGGAGCUCGCUCCAGUGUCCCUGCCGCGGACACAUCGGCCACGGCGCACCGGAUAUUUGGCGGCACGCCGCUUCUCCCAAACUUUGAAGAUAUCUAUGUUUGGAGGCUGAGAGCGAUGCAUCACGAAAGGUAUUUGUGUCGUAGGGAAAAGGCUCAAUUUUAUCGCCAGUUUCUUGAUAGGAGGCUGAGAAAGAACCCAGACGCCGACCAAAAGACUGUGACUUCGUGGAGGCGCGCGGCACAGAGAGCAUUUUCAUCGUCUAAGUCAGUCAGUAGAAUCAGAGACCGCCGACGUAUGGCCCUGCUACAGGAGGAAGAAGAAAGGCUCCGAUCAAGUCUAGCGUCAGACCCGGGAGCUCCUGCUGACACAGGAUCCCCACCCUUUGGUGAAGGAAAAACAGGUUGCUGGCUUUGCUAUGGACGCGAGCCAGCGACGGUACCUGCCAUUCAGGUGGAGCCACCUGAACCAGAGCGACCACCACAGGAAACUGGCCCUACGGAAGACCCUCUUGAAGGCCCAUCAGGCAUUGGAGGUUCCUCAGGCUCCGGUGGACUGGCGGCAUUUGACCCUACAGAAGACCCGCUCGAAGGUCCAUCGGGCACUGCAGGCUCCUCAGGCUCUGUUGGACUUGCGAUAUCUUCUUCGAGUCCCGAAAAAGGUAAUCAGCCGAUACACAGUAGAAGCCCAAUUCGAACUCGUUCCGUGACCAGGCGGCUUCCACAACGAGCUAUGCAUUCGGCAUCGGAAAGCAUGGAGUCUGCAAGCGAAUCAGAGGAUAAUUCGACGGAAGAGCAGCAAUCUGUAGCCCCCCAUGACACGGGUGCAGCAGCGGCUCCGUCUGCAGAACCUCAGCAACCGGGAGGGACCCUUGAGACGCCGUACACUGUGAUUCCAGGAAAGAGACCACGCGAAAGUUCGACCGGCGAUAGCAGUGAGAGGACCGCAGGACACGGCACCGAGGAUUAUCCUGGGCUGUUGCUGCCGUUCAAAAAACGGAGGCUCUGGACCGUCACAACUGAGCCUGCUCAGCCAAGUGGCCCAACUGCAACCCAUUCCCCUCCAACCGCUAGACAGAGAUCACCUCAUUCAGUCGCGAGCCCCAGAUCAUCGCCUCGAACAGCGAGCCCGAGACCAUCUCCUCCAACAGCGAGACCGAUAUCAUCUCCAGGAACAGCGGGACCGAUAUCAUCUCCUCCAACAGCGAGACCGAUAUCAUCUCCAGGAACAGCGGGACCGAUAUCAUCUCCUCCAACAGCGAGACCGUUAUCAUCUCCAGGAACAGCGGGACCGAUAUCAUCUCCUCCAACAGCGAGACCGAUAUCAUCUCCACGAACAGCGAGCCUGAUAUCAUCCCCAACAGCGAGCCCGAGAUCAUCUCCUCGAACAGCGAGCCCGAGAUCAUCCUCACCAUACUCGAGCCCUAGAUCACAUCCUCUGGUCGUCCGCCCCAUACCAAUGUAUCCGUUAACCGGCCCUCGAGGAACCCAUACACUCUUCCGCCCCAUACCACUGCGUCCGGAUACAGGACAACCUCCACAGCCAAGCCCCAGACUGCCUUCUCCAUUCAGGACGCGUCAGCCAUCUGCACCCCCCAGCCCCACCUCGUCUUCAUUCGUUGGAUCAGUCUCCUCUCAACUGUCAAGCACUAGCGUCUCCUUUUCAUCGUCGAGCUCCAGCUCAUCCCAUUCAUCUUCCAGCUCAUCCUCUUCCUCCUCCAGCUCCAGAUCAUCCUCUUCGCCCUCCAGCUCCAGAUCAUCCUCUUCACCCUCCAGCUCCAGCUCAUCCGCUGCAUCAUCUAGCAUCACAGGAACUCCUCCACACAGCAGUUCUCCCUCAUCUCCUCCAUACGACAGCUCUGGCAGCGAUUCCCCUUGGUCGAAUUGAUAGUCAUCGUGAAGGGACUGGUUCCAUGAGCGCCCUGUCUGCUUCAGCAAUGGCGCAGGAUAGAGGUGGACGCUACGGCUCGCUUUGAAGUCACUCCCAAUAGUGCACGUUUCUCCUUCUAACUCCACAGGCGAUCGAUUCUAACACCUGAGUUAAACGAGUCAUUCAGUCAUGAUAUUGUUCUACAAAUAUGUGGAGGAGGCGACAUAUCUCGUACCGGCUUCGCGGUACGUGACAAGUUGCUGAGAGAGAACCAUUCGUUUCCACACGUAAGGAGCCGAAGGCAUUCUUGAUGAAUGCUCCCUCUUUCUUUACAUGACCGUUCUCUCGUGUACACAUGCGCAAUUAUGUCGUUGCACAACGUGCCUUUGCCCUCUGCACGUUUUCACCACCGCGCGAACCGAUCAUGUUCUUGAGAAUGGACUGCGUAACUGAAUGUGUCAGAGAACCAGUGACGUGCCUGCCACCGGCCAGAGACGCUCUAUUAGUAUGUUCAUUCCCAGUCCAAUCGGAGGGAUCUGUCACGUCGACUGCUGUCUCGGUGGAUUCAGUUACUAGCUAAGAACGCACAGACGCAUGGACUAUGUCACAACUGUGUCUCCACGGAAGGGUCUGGGAAGGAAGGGACUACGUACAGGUUGGACUCAUGGAAGACGGAAACUUUCCCGCAGACGAUGUCCUCCAGGUUGUCCAUGUUAAAAUUAUUCGGCGGUUUUUCCAUUAUCAGGUUCCUUCUGUUAGAGGCUGCAGUGUGUAUCAGGGGUGGACUCUUGGAAGACGGGAACUUCCCCGCAGACGAUGUCCUCCAGGUUGUCCAUGUUAAAAUUAUUCGGCGGUUUUUCCAUUAUCAGGUUCCUUCUGUCAGAGGCUGCAGUGUGCGUCCGGGGUGGACUCUUGGAAGACAGGAACUUCCCCGCAGACGAUGUCAUCCAGGUUGUCCAUGUUAAAAUCAUUCGGCCGUUUUUUCAAUAUCAGGUUCCUUCUGCUGCAGACUAAUUGUUUGUCCGCGUACGAAACGUCUGUUUGUUUGCGGUCCAAGCUUCAACACUCAAUGUAACUAAACCUUCGUGGAACCAAUCCCCUUCUGCGUGUCAAUGACAUCUGUUUUUCAUUCGUAUACCGUCAACUUCCGUCAACUUGCUGUGUUGUCUGUGCGUCAGUCGAGGUGCAUACUCUUGUCAGUUUUGCAAAAAUAUCGAGAUCCGAUUUCGACCAUGAGUGCUUGUGAGUGAAACAGGCUACGCGAACUGACACCGGGAUAGGCUGUUGGUUCGUCACUGGUUCGGAGUUGUAUGUGUGUGCCCAGACAAUCCCACACCGACUCACGCUUUCAUCAACUCGUCUCCCUGGAAUGUACAGUCAAGCGAGUUUGUGAAGUGUGUUUGCAGUAAAUUGUAUGCACGUUUCUUGUCCUUUGAGUUGCGGCGCGGUUUCAUCUUGUCCAGGAUGCUCGUUGACACUCGGCGGACGUCGGUGACUGCACUACGGCUGUGCGUGAGAAAAAAUGGCCCCGCGGAGCGUCCUCUGAAUCCAUGUUAGCCAUACACCUCAUUGAGCAAGGAGCCUCGACAGAAACACUGCAAUCGUUACGGUGCGAGGGAGGUAUAGUGUACCUCGCACGAUGCCCUGACCUUCCGAACCUCACUGGAACCUAAUAUUGCGC